AUGGCUACUGUUUUUUGUGGGUUUCCUGAUGAAGAAACUGCUCAGCAGCAACCAACUGUUAUUGAUAGUUAUCUCGGGGGUGUUCCGACAACUUUUUCUAAUUCAGAAAUGUGCUGCUCUGCUCCAUUGUGUCCUACUUGUGGAGAGCCCAUGUAUUUCGUUUUGCAGCUCUAUUGCCCAAUCGAUAAUAAUAACCGGAAUUUAUAUUUCUACACCUGUCCUAACAGAGAAUGCCAAGUUAAUGGCCGUUUCUUUCGUGUUUUUCGUUUCACUACUAACGAACCAGAAAAGAAGGAUGAAAAAACUUCCGUAUUUUCCAAUAAUGAUUGGAAUUUCGACUUUGAUGACAUAGAAGAGGGUAAAAUGGAAUUGGAUCAUGUUUCGACUCCUCCAGAUGAAACUAGAAAAUCUCGUCCUCUAGAUAACCUAGCCAGUCCUUUCAAGUGUUUCUAUAUCACUGUUUUGGAGGACGAAGUACAAGAUUCAUCACGAACGGAAAACCUCCCUUCUUGGGUGCUGGAUUACAAGGCAGAAGAUGAGUUCAUUGAAGAAGAUGAGAAAAUCGAAGGUGUAACAGCAUUAACUCCUCUUUAUAGUCAAUAUAUCGCUUCUCGAGAUCCCUCCACUGGACUGGAACCUAUUCGAUAUGCCUUUGAAGGAAGACCGAUUUUCACGUCCGCUCCCCCAUCUGAUGAGUGGGAAUCUCAACUUUUUUGUUCCAAGUGUCAGAGGAUGCGUGUUUUCGAAGUUCAGCUCUUCCCCACAAUCAAUAACUACCUUCAUUUUAAGAAAAAUAGAAGUGCAAAAGUGCCUAAAAGCCCUUUUAAUGCCCUGUGGCCUCUUAACUUCUCCACCUUGAUGGUCUUCUCCUGUCAGGUUGAUUGUCAAUCGACUUUUGAAGAAUGGGUGGAAGAAUGCGUUCUGGUGCAAACGGAAGAAGGGGAAAGUGUUUUUGUCGGAUCAACUUGA